AUGAUGGUGACGGUGCGCCACGUGCUGUUUGUGCUUUCCCUCGCGCUGUGCUGCGCCUGCGGGUGCGUGGCGGCGGCGCAGCAGCCUCAGGUACUGAAUGAAGGUGAGGAAGGGGCAAGGAAGACCAUAGCAGACUCUUUAUCGAAAGCACAACGUGCCUUAGAGGAGGUAAGGAACGAAUUUAAAAAAGCGGAGAAGGCAGUGCAGGAUGCUACGGCGGCACAGGAGGCAAUUGAGGGGAUGGGCAACCAAGGAAGUGAAAACUGGGAUGCUAAAGAAGCGGUGGAAAGAGCCAAAGGUAGUCAACAACAGGUUGCUGCUGCAGUCUCCGCGGUGGACGCACACGUCAAAGCGAUUGAAGUCUUACGUGACCAAGGUGUGGGAGGUGCUGAAACAAGUGUAACUAAAGAACGAUUGGAAAAGGCGAAAACGGAAGCAGAAAAUGCACAGUCUCUUGUUCAACAAGCAAAGGAUGAUGCUGGAGAUGCGGAAAAGGCAGCAAGUGAUGCUGAAAAAGCGAGGAAUACUGCAACGAAAACGGCUGCUAAGAAACCGUCUAAGCCACGCCAUAAUCGAGGAUCAACAAGGCAGCGAGAUCACCAGAGGCCUAAACAACCGAGGUCCACGGCUAACAACCCACAGCAAGACGCUGGUGAAUUUGGUAAGCAUGCCGCAGAUGCUGGUACGAGGAACUCGCAAGACGGGUUUGUUGCAGACGAUGGGAAGCAAGGUGUUAAGGAACGGCUCCCUGAUAGCAAACAAUCACAUGAAGCUCCGUCUCAGAGCGAAGCCAAGCAUGCAGUGGAAGAAAAGAGAAGCAAAGAGGGUUCUGUGGCAGAGAAUACCGAUGCAACAAAAAUGGAUGCAGAGGGCGGUGAAACAUCGAAUGCUGCAGAAGCAGAAUCCAGCGAGUCUGGUGGAACAGCGUCGGUGCCUGCAAGCGAGGGCCCCGCCAAUGGGCAGAGUGCGCAGGGGCCUGCCGGAGGCGAAGGCACACCUGAGACUGCAGCGGGGUUUACACACAACGCCCAGUCGAUUGGUGCGGGCAUCAGCAGUGAUGUGGGGGCGGACGGCAGCGACACUCACACGUUGGUGUGUGCCCCACUGCUGCUGGUGGUGCUGGCUACGCUGGCCUGCGGUGCUGUNUCACACGUUGGUGUGUGCCCCACUGCUGCUGGUGGUGCUGGCUACGCUGGCCUGCGGUGCUGUGUGAUGAGCAGUGGAGCCACGGGGUGA